AUGCCUUUUGUGUAUGAGAGAAUAGCGAUCGGCAACCACCACGAGCUCCGCCAAUCCGGCAGUCUCAAGGCGGCGUUGGCCGAGUUCAUAAGCACCCUUAUAUUUGUCUUCGCCGGCGAAGGCUCCGGCAUGGCAUUCAACAAGAUCACGGGAAACGGUGCCACCACCCCAGCCGGACUUGUUGCCGCCGCGUUGGCUCAUGCGUUCGGGUUGUUUGUGGCGGUGGCCAUCUCAGCUAACAUCUCCGGCGGCCAUGUCAACCCUGCAGUCACUUUUGGGUUGUUCCUUGGUGGUAACAUAACCCUUUUCCGUGGCAUUUUGUACAUAAUUGCUCAGCUGCUUGGAUCCACCAUCGCUUGCUUGCUCCUCCUGUUCGCCACCGGUGGCUUAGAAACAGCAGGAUUUGGGCUUUCUGGUGUUUCUGUGUGGAACGCAUUUGUCUUCGAGAUAGUCAUGACGUUCGGACUGGUUUACACCGUUUACGCCGUAGCCGCCGAUCCAAAGAAGGGUGAGGUCGGAAUAAUUGCACCCCUAGCUAUUGGGUUCAUCGUCGGAGCUAACAUUCUCGUUGGUGGUGCCUUCACGGGAGCUUCAAUGAACCCUGCA